CUUCUCCGGGGGUGGGGGCAGGGCCGGGCCUUGCCGGGAGGCUCUCCCCGGGGACGGGCCGAGGGCCGCGAUCGCCCAGCUCAGCGGCCGAGGAAGCCCGCCUCGACCGCCGGAACCCCGCAGCCGCUGGACUUCCAGGGGAGCUGGCGGUGGCGCGGCCCUGCAGGACGGGCGUUGACCGGAGGAGCCCCGGCUGCCCCUUUCCGCCGGCCAGGGCAGGAGAAGCCCGCUGCCCCAAAGGUGUGAAUGACAGAGGAGGUGCCUCCGACUGCACUCAGCGAGAUAUACCUUCGCCUUUUGUGUCAUGAUGACAUAGACACGGUCAAACAACUCUGUGGUGAUUGGUUCCCCAUUGAAUACCCUGACUCAUGGUAUCAGGACAUCACCUCCAACCAAAAGUUUUUUUCCCUGGCUGCGACUUACCGUGGCACCAUUGUGGGCAUGAUAGUUGCUGAGAUCAAGAGUCGAGCCAAAGUACACAAAGAGGAUGGUGAUAUUUUGGCUUCUGGUUUUCCAGUUGAUACUCAAGUUGCUUACAUUCUAAGCCUAGGAGUGGUGAAAGAAUUUCGAAAGCAUGGCAUAGGUUCUCUUCUGUUGGAAAGCCUGAAAGAUCACAUUUCGACCACUGUCCAGGAUCACUGCAAGGCCAUUUAUCUGCACGUCCUGACCACCAACAAUACAGCAAUACAUUUCUACGAAAACAGAGACUUUAAGCAGCAUCAUUAUUUGCCCUACUAUUAUUCCAUCAGAGGGGUCCUCAAAGAUGGCUUCACUUACGUCCUCUACAUCAAUGGGGGACACCCGCCGUGGACAAUUCUCGACUAUCUUCAGCACAUCGGCUCGACUUUGGCCAAUCUGAGCCCCUGCACAAUUCCACAGCGGAUUUAUCGCCAAGCCCAGAACAUCCUCUGCAGCCUUUUGCCUUGGUCGGGCAUUUCAGCCAAGAGCGGCAUUGAAUAUAGCCGGACCAUGUGACCUGAAGGGAGUCCUCCUCCGCAUCUCUGCGGUUGCACAGCUGACAUGGCUCCAACUCUCAACCAUUUAUGAACUUGGCAGAAUUCCUCCUGCUGCUGCUGCUGCUGCUGCUGCUACUUUCCUCUCUUCAGUCUGAGCAGAAGGAAAACAGGCAGUUCUGCUGCCCUGACACUGCAGGGCAAAUGCCUGGCUGCUCUGCCCCCAACCAGCCUUUCUGCAGUGGGGAGACGCUUGGCACGAGCGGCGCCUUAGAACUGAGAGGACUGUUGGCAGCUGAGGCCUCCCGGGUGAUCAUUGCUCGGCAUCUCUGCAUCCCUUUCAGGAAUGCCUCCCUUGGCUGAGCAGUUCAUGCCCAGGGGAGCCUUUGGCUCUUUGAGGCUAAAAUGUUUGUGUGUCGAAGGACAGACACACCUGUAUGUCUUGCUUUCUGCUAGUCUGAACUUGGCCUUGAAGUGUGGACUGGAAGUAGGGGAAGAGCUGGGGUGGGAAAUGCCCCCAAGUCAAGGCCCAAGAUGCUGCCCUGCUCUCCCUUCCUCUGCCUUGGGCCCCAGAGGGCAACUGCUGUGGAGGCUCUCUCCUUCCCAACGGAAGCAGGAGGCUUGAAUAGACCUCGCAAAAUGGGUGUGCCAUCUUAAGCCCUUUUGGCCCAUUGGACCUCUAUGGGGCCAGCCGUGGUUUGCACAAGCGAGUCCCCAUCCCCAGUGUAAGCUCUUGGGACAAAGGGCCAGAUGUUCAGCCUUGCAGGCUAUUUCUGGCCCCUCAAUAGCGGUGGGAAAGCAUGGCUCCCCCUCAUGGUUGAGCUCCAGCGGUCUCAAGGGCCAACAGUGCUGAUCCUUCUCGAAAGGUGCUGUGGGGAGCCUCCUCUCCCCCUCCUGUACCUAGAUAAGUAGCAUCACCUCCCAAGACCUGCAUCUCCAGGCAGUUUGCAUAACCCCAACUGAUCCUCCUGGAAGCAUGAGCUCCUGGUCACCACUUAGUGCAAACACUUGAGAAAGCAGCAGGCUUACACCUUUAGUGCUAAAGUGGAAUUCUUGGCUUGUAUUUGUUGGUAGGAAGAGCCUGGGAGGCCCCGAUGAAGGUCCCUUGCUUGCCCUGGGACAGUUGCAUUUCCAGGAGCUCCAUUCUCCAAUACUGGCCGAGUUUUCAUAUUUUGGCUCUUCAGCUGGCACUCCUUGAACCUGGGGAGUUUAGGCAGAUCGUGUGUGUGUGUGCGUGCGCGUGCAUGCUUGUGUGCACGCUGAAUUAGGAAAAGGGCUUUGAAAAAGAGAUAUGGUGGGGAGGGUGGUGCCUUGCUUAUGGCUGGCAGGUUUUACAUCUGGCUGGCUGGCUGCGUGGAGCAGUACCAUACCCUACAGAGUUUGGAGUGGCACAGAGGUGCUGCUCUUUGCUCCCAGCAGGCCUUGGGUAGAGGGGCUGGUUGUGCUGCCAAAGGCAAAUCAGCCUACGAGACUCUACGGGCACCUCGGGCAGAGCUUGCCCUUCUCUGAGACUCCCUCGGCUCCCUGAUGGCAUCGUCUGGGGUAAAAGGUUAGGGAAGUCUGAAGGGCCAAGGGUCAAUCAUGGGUACAAGCGACACCAUCGUGAUGUAAUGAACACCCUUCAGAAUUUGCUCAGUUGGUGAGGCCACAUCACAAUGCCACUGCAAUGAUGUGGCUUGUGCCAGAGGCCUGUGGCCUCUCUUGGCUGUGUCGCGCAUGGUCUCGUCUUCCAAGUGGAAGGACCAUUUCAAUGCCAGGCCCAGCAUAGCAUCUUCCUGAAAGGUUUUGUGCUUUCAAACCACCUCUUGCUUGGAAAUGCUGACGAUGCCGUUUCAUCCGUGUUUCAGUUUGAUUUCUGAAUAGUGCACCUCCAUCGUUCCUAUAUGCCUGCCUGUUGUGUGAACAAAUUCUCCCCUUCCUCCCCUGAAAGGCGUUUGUAUUGGCCCGUCUCCUUAUUUAUUGAACAGCACGUCAGCCGGUCCUUUUAACUGUCUUGGAUUAAAGGGGUUUGUUUUGUGA